CCGGCCUUGGAGGGAAUCCUGUGUGGUUGAGUUCCUCUGUCUGAGAGAGCGAGAGAGAGAGAGAGAGAGAGAGAGAGAGAGAGAGAGAGAAGCUACUGGAUGCGUAACAUUCUCUCCUCUUCUUCUCUUACAGUGCCGAGAAAAUAUGGCCGAAAACAACACCAAUCUCUUUUUGGAAAUACUCCAGUCAUUUGAUGUUGUCCCCCUGAUCAUAGCCUUUUGUGUGUCCAUUGCGGUGGGUAUCCUAUUGGGGGCGCUGGUCUAUGUAGUCCUGACCUGGAUGUCCCGUCGCAGGGCCGGCUCGGUCAGCAUCACCCGCUGGCCACCUAGCCUGUCCCACACCUCCCCACAUGCCCGCCCAGGCUUCAACCGCAACAGCAGUUACGACCGACGCAGCAACAGCCUGGUCAGCGCUGCCUUCAGCUUCCACCGCCAGGCCUCCUCCCCAGACCAGGCUGACCCUUUGGGUCGCAAGCCCAGUUUCAGGGCUUCCACUUUCCACCCACUCCUCCAGUGCAGCGAGAUCGCCCGGGAAGCUGAGGAGGGGAGCCAGACCACAUUGCCUCGUACCCCAACCCUGACCACUUCAGCUGAGUCAGCCCACCAAACCGCAGCCCAGGCUGCUGCCACCCCGCCCAGGCCUGAGUCGUUAUGGAGCAGUAGUAGUCUGAGGAGGUUCUAUGCCGCACAGACCCCACCUCCUGCUUAUGAGAGCAUUAUAAGAGCCUACCAGGAGACCUGCACGUAAGAAGAGAAUGGAUGGGUCCAAGUGUAUGAGCAGACUGACUGACUCCAGGGUUGUCAAUGGGUGCUACAAUAACUGGAUAUGUUUGACGUUUGAGGUGAAAAUGAAGAGCCUGAUGCUAAUAUACCAUAUGUCCCUGUGUGAGUGUGUGUUCACUUGUGUGUUUGCUUGUGUGUUUGCGUGUGUGUGUGUGUGACAGCUGUGUUUUACUAUGUGUUUGUAAGCAAGAGAGAGAGAGCCUUGCAUCGCAUUUAUUUUCAGAUUAGACAGAGUAUUUGUUGUACAAAUAUGUUGUGUUUCUUAUGAGAUUGAGAACUCAUGUUGAUUUCCAUGAUGAACCAACCCCAAUCCCCCCAUGUAACUUGACCGCUUUCUAUUUGUGAGCUUGGACAUGCUCAAUGAUAUGGAUAGACAAUAAUGUUUGCUUGAAGAAACACAAACCUCUCUACUAUGAUCCAAUGAGGGUUACUGUCCAAAGGAAUCUACUAAAUGUGUACUCAUAUAUGUAUGAUUGUCAUGGAUCUGGUUUAUUAAAUGGUCACUGUUUUGGUUGGCAUUUACUGGACACUGAUCAUAACUUAACACAAUACAAUGAUGAAAUAAAUGGUAAUAAGGUGUGUUCUUUACAUGAAACGUAAUAUCCUCUGUACCAGUCAUUUAUGGAAUCACAUAAAUUGUGCCCUUAUUUGGUGCUACUGCUGUCCAGUGUCCAGUCUAUAGGCUACUCUUUUCUGGUGGGAAAACUGACUCACCUCA